ACUUUCCUCUACCACGACUACUGCGUCAUCGGGGCCGGCCCCUCAGGCUUGCAGGCGGCCUAUUUCCUCCAGCGAGCCGGCCGGGACUACGUCGUCUUCGAGCGGAGCCACACUCCCGGCAGCUUCUUCGCCCUCUACCCUCGCCACCGCAAGCUCAUCAGCAUCAACAAGCGGUACACGGGCAAACCCAACAGCGAGUUCAACCUCCGCCACGACUGGAACUCACUCCUCAGCCACGACCGCCAGCUGCUUUUCCGACGCUACUCCCGCGACUUCUUCCCGGACGCUGACGCGAUGGUGCGUUACCUGGAGGACUUUGCUUCCCUGCUGAAGCUGCGGGUUCAGUACAACACGGCCAUCGUCCACGUGACGCUGGAGAAGGACGAGCAGGCCUGGCAUGGCCACUACUUCCUCCUGACUGACCAGGACAGACAGAACUACAAGUGCAGCGCUCUGUUGGUCGCCACUGGGAUGUGGGUCCCCAACGUGGUAAACUUCCCUGGCUCAGAAUACGUUGAGGGUUACGAGACUGUGUCCGUCAAUCCGGAAGACUUUGCUGGCCAAACCGUGUUGAUCUUGGGCCGAGGGAAUUCGGCCUUUGAGACGGCGGAGAACAUACUGGGCGUCACGAAUUUCAUCCACAUGGUGAGCCGGUCCCGCGUGCGCCUCUCGUGGGCCACCCACUACGUUGGGGAUCUGAGAGCAAUUAACAACGGCCUGCUGGACACCUACCAGCUGAAAUCUCUGGAUGGGCUUCUAGAGGGUGACCUGGAAGAUCUGGCUAUCGUCAAGGACAAGAAAGGGAAGCUGCACAUCACGCUCCGGUUCUACCUGGAGAACAGGAACACCAGUGCAGGCAUCGACUCCAUCACCCUCCCACAGGACGAACUGGAUAAUUUUGCCACCCGCGCACCUUACGACCGUGUCAUCCGCUGCCUGGGCUGGAAGUUCGACUUCUCUGUCUACAACAGAUCCCUUCAAAUGAUGCCAGGGAAAGGGAAUAAAAAGAAGUAUCCUCAGAUCAAACCCAGCUACGAGUCCAGAAGCACUCAGGGGCUCUUUGUUCUUGGCACUGCUAGCCAUUCCAUUGACUUCAGGAAAUCUGCUGGGGGCUUCAUCCAUGGAUUCCGGUAUACAACUCGUGCAGUCCACCGCCUGUUGGAAAACCGUCACCAUGGUGUCCCCUGGCCAUCCACAGUCUACCCUGUUACACAGCUGACCAAUUCCGUCAUCAAGCGGGUGAACGAGGCCUCAGGCCUCUACCAGAUGUUCAGUGUCCUGGCUGACAUCAUACUGCUGAGAGAGAACGCCACAGCGUUUGAAUACCUGGAAGAGUACCCGGUCGGAAUCCUGGCCGAGCUGGAAAUGCAGACGGGGAGAAAGGCUCCCAAUGGGCUGUUUGUCGUCAUCAUGGAGUAUGGGAGGAAUUUCUCUGGGGCUGACAAGGAUGUCUUCUACUACAACCGAGCCGUGGGAGAGGCGCAGCAUGCCUGGCAGUCCAACUUUUUGCACCCUGUUAUUUACUACUACAAACGCCUCCCAACAGAGCGUGAGAUGAGGCUUCGGCCCCCAGAUUGGCCUCUCCCCCGCCCAGAUGCCAUCCAUCACAUUGUGGAGGACUUUCUGACGGACUGGACGGCCCCGAAUGCUCACAUCCUGCCGCUGAGGCGGUUUUUGGAGAACUGCCUCAGCACCGAUCUGCGCAGUUUCUUUGCAGAGUCCUGUUUCCUGUUUGCCUUCACCCGUCAGAAGCUGCCUCCCUUCUGUCAGCAGGGGUACGUGAGAAUGCAAGGGCUGCUGGGCAGCGAGGGGCUCCGGCGCCAUGCGGUAGAAGCUGGCCUGCUGGAGGAUUACGCUCUCACAGACAUUUCGGGCGACGGACCCCCUGACAGCCACGAAGGGUCACAGGACCAGCUGCUGCUGAGAGAUCACGCGAUGCCGGUUCAUCCGCUGCAGCACCUUGUUAAUGCCAAGGAUGAGCUUUAA